CAAAAUUUACAGGUUAGUGCCCACAAUCCUAACGGUCACUUGCUUUUUCUCCUAAAAUAAUAAUGAUAAAACACUACACCUCUUCUUCUUCAAAAUCUAUCGACCGUUGUGUCCCUACCGCCUUUUACCAACGCUCCUGCUCAUCCUCCUCUUCUUUUCAAUCCAACAAUGAGGACCCAUUAAGCAAUCUGUGGAGAAAAUUAACCUCUACUUUCAAGAGACAGAGGCAGUGAGGAAAAGGGGAUUUCUCAAAUGGGUUGCUUUCUUGCGUGCUUUGGUUCCUCCAAAGAUCGCAAACGCCGCAAACAGAGGCGCAAGGUUCAACCUCGGGACCAGAGGAAUGCAGGUUACAAUCCAGUGCAACAAGCCGUUUCUUUGGUACAGAACAACCCAGAAAAACCAACUAACACAGUUUCAGAAAUCCGGGAUACUCCAGAGGAGCGAUUGAGCUUGAGCCCAAGAAAAAAAGUAACAUUCAAUUCGAAUGUGACCACCUAUGAGCAUGUUACAGUUGAAGAAUCCAUAGAAUUUUCUGGAGAGAAUGAAGAUGGAAGAAAAAGCCAAGAGAAGGAUGAGAAUUUAGCAAAACCAAGCCAAUCUCAGUCCUCUUCUGAAGAUAGUUCGAUCACUUCCAGCUCAGGAUCUUAUCCUUCCAGUCAUAGGUACCAGAAUUGUAGAGACAGCGAUGAUGAAUUAGACUAUGGAGAAAGUGAAAUCGAGGACGAUGAUGGGGUGCUAGAUUAUGAAGAUGAUAUAUAUGAGGAUGAUGGAAUUUUAGAAUCGAGGUCUAAAGGAUCUUUGCCUGCAGGGACACCGCCACCAUUUACUGAGGAGAUUGACAGUCCUCCAGUGAUAAGCGGUUUGCCUGAGAGGGAACUGAGGCCAAAUCCGAAUGUUAGAGACAGAAGUGCUUAUGUGCAUUCUGUGCUGAACCCAGUUGAAAAUCUCACUCAAUGGAAGGCUGUGAAAGCGAAAGGGACAGCACCAUUGAAGCAGCAGAAAGAGAAUUUCACAGAGGGUCAAGAACCCCGAAUUUCAUUUAGUUCUGAGCCUAGUUUUAGGGAAUUGAGAUUCAAUGCCAAAUUUGAUCAAUCUAAGAAAUCAAACCAAGAAAUAGCAGUGGAUGCUAGCUUGUCUAACUGGUUGGGUUCAUCAGAUAGCACACCAGUUACCAAGCCUAGCACAAUUGGUUUAGGUACUAUUACACCUGAAAAAAGCAUGUCACUGGGAUCAAAUUCCCCAAGAAGCUUUGAAGAUAGGCCUAUUUUAGGUGCACUAACUGUGGAAGAGCUGAAGCAGUUUUCGGUUUCUUCUUCACCAAGGAGGUCACCCAGUCAUAGUCCUGAUGAGAUGGCUAUCAUUGGGACUGUUGGAACCUGCUGGAAUCACAGUGGCUCUGGCAAGGUUUCUGGCUCAGCUGCUUCUUUCAACUGAAUAUCAAACACAACCAGCAAAUACAGAGAGGUACAUUAUGUCAAGUAAAAUUUUGUGGGGAUUCUUUUUGCAUUAGGUGAUAAAUAGUAACUGAACUGGGUCUGCAGGAGCAGGACAAGAGUAACUGAAUUGGCACUCUACUCCAUUUGAGACCAGGCUGGAGCGAGCUUUGAAUGAAGGUGCUACUGCAGCUUUUUACGCUUACACUUCUAAUGUUUGCUGAACUUGUCUUGGAGUGUUGUUUGUGCGUGAAUUCCAUCUAUUUUUUUCGUUGUUUUUUGCUUGUGAAUUCAUGGAUAUCUGUGAUAUACGUGCUUUCUGUUGUAAUUCUUUCAUUGGUUUGAUUGAAGAUUGAUUGUCAAUACAAUGUAAUUCAAUUAUAUUUUUUUUCCCUA